CCGGUGCCUCUGAGGGGUUCCUGUCAGAAGCAGGCCUGGCUUGGCGAGGGCUUCGGCCCAGAAGGAGGCUUCCGUCUCUCCGUCUCUCCCUCCCAGGCUCGCUCGGCGGGGCCGGUCCGUGGCGCCCCCUGGAGGCCGGCCCCGCCUCCGCUCCCUGCCCUCCCUCCCUUCCUUCCUCCCUUCCUGCCUGAGAGGCGUGCCUGGCGAAGGCGGCGCUUGGCCCGGGAGGCCCGCCUGGGAGGCAUGGCCGAGCCCGGCGACGGCAAAGGGCAAGCGGCAGGGGCGGGGAGGCGGCGGCAACCGCUGUGGCUCUUCCAGGCGCGCUCGGCGGUGGGAGUGUGCGCCUUGCGGCUCCGGCAACGGUCCUUCGUGCCGCUGGGCCCCUCGGGCGCGCUCGCCAUGCGGGACUACGACGACAUGGUGGCCUUCCUGGGCGAGUGGGGCCCCUUCCAGCGGCUGGUCUUCUUCCUGCUCAGCGCCAGCAUCAUCCCCAACGGCUUCAACGGCCUCUCCGCCGUCUUCCUGGCCGGCAUCCCCGAGCACCGCUGCCGCAUCCCGGAGGGCGCCAACCUGAGCGCGGCCUGGCUCAACGCGAGCGCCCCGCGGGAGGAGCACGGCGGGCGGGAGGGGGCGGCGCGGUGCCGGCGCUUCAGCCUCCGCGCCCUGGCCAACCUCUCGGCCCAGGGGCUGCUCCCGGCGGACGUGGACCUGGCCGCCCUCCCGCAGGAGCCCUGCCUCGACGGRUGGGAGUACGCCACCGAGCCCUACCUCGCCACCAUCGUCAGCCAGUGGGAUCUUGUCUGUGACAACGACUGGAAAACACCUCUAACUACCUCUUUGUUUUUUGUGGGUGUACUGUUUGGAUCCUUUGUAUCUGGACAGAUCUCAGACAGAUUUGGUAGGAAGAAUGUGCUGUUUGCAACCAUGGGAGUCCAGACUGGCUUUGGCAUCCUCCAGGUCUUCUCAACAAGCUGGGAGAUGUUUUCAGUCCUCUUUCUCAUUGUUGGAAUGGGGCAGAUCUCUAAUUAUGUAGCAGCAUUUGUACUAGGCACAGAAAUUCUCGGCAACUCAAUCCGUAUUAUAUACUGCACAUUAGGUGUUUGCCUGUUUUAUGCCCUGGGCUACAUGUUGCUGCCACUGACGGCUUACUUCCUCAGAGAUUGGCGGAUGCUGCUUUUGGCUCUUACUGUGCCAGGGGUGCUGUACAUUCCUCUGUGGUGGUUCAUACCUGAAUCCCCUCGAUGGCUGCUGUCUCAAGGAAGGCUUGAGGAAGCAGAAUGCAUUAUUCGGAAGGCUGCCCAAAAGAAUGGUGUUACAGCUCCGGAAGUAAUAUUCGAUCCCUCUGAGUUACAAGACUUGACAACCCGGGACCAACAAGCAUACAGCAUUUUGGACCUGGUGAAGGGUCAGAAUAUCCGCUGCAUCACUAUUAUGUCUGUGAUUUUAUGGAUGGUCAUUGCCAUAGGAUACUUUGGCCUCUCUUUGGACACUCCUAACUUGCAUGGAGACAUCUAUCUCAAUUGCUUCCUUUCGGCAGUAAUCGAAGUCCCAGCUUAUAUCAUCUCUUGGGUGCUCCUUCAAUAUUUUCCCCGGCGAUAUUCAAUGGCAGCCGUCUUGUUCUUAGGAGGCUGUGUCCUGCUCUUCGUUCAGUUGGUGCCUUUAUAUCUCAGCGUACUAUCCAUUGUUUUGGUAAUGACUGGAAAGUUUGGGAUCACGGCCGCCUUCUCAAUGGUUUACGUGUAUACGGCUGAGCUGUACCCAACUGUGGUGAGGAACAUGGGAGUUGGUGCCAGUUCCAUGGCCUCCAGAAUUGGUAGCAUCCUGUCACCUUACUUUGUAUAUCUUGGGGCCUAUGACAGGUUUCUUCCCUACAUUUUAAUGGGAAGCUUGACAGUACUUACAGGAAUCCUCACUCUGUUCCUUCCAGAGAGUUUUGGCACACCACUCCCAGAUACCAUAGAUCAGAUGCUAAGGAUUAAAGGGAUUAAAUACAGAAAUACUUCUAAAAGCCAAAAGAAAACAAAGGAAGAAGAAAAUACAGUAAUUCUAAAAACUACAUCUUUCUGAUGAACUACACUGCAUUUGUAUUUUGAACUGAAUAAUACCCAAAUAUUUCCUUUAAUUUGCUUCCAGAAAGGACUAAUUGAAUCAAUUUUUUCCUAUAGUGACAAACUUAUUUAUUAAAUAUACAUUCAUUUUUGUGAAUGUAACUAUGUUGUAUAUCCCAAUAUGGGAUCUUUGCCUGAAAUUGUACACAUUACAUGGAAAAAUAUAUGGGUGAGGGUAAUAUAUUUGCCUUUAAGACCUUUCACAAAUUAUAUUUGUAUGAGGUUGGUUUUUUCAGUACACAUUGUCAAAAGGUAAACAUAUUCCAGAAUGUAAAUAUUGUCAUAUAUUAUUAUCCAAGUUCGAAUACUGCUUCUCCUUGUUGAAAUAACAUAGGCUUGAAAUGAAUUGAAACAAUAGGUUAGGAAAACAUGACUUAAACACAACACUGAUAAUUUUCUCAAUCAGAAUAAAUGAGUGCUGGAUGAUUUUACCAAGAUUUGAGAAUGAGUGUUCACUCUCAUUUGACAUCAAAUGUUUCUGUAUGCAAAACAUUAGCUGUCUAGUUUUUGUUUGCAAAACUACUUUACAUUUUCCAGAUGUAUUUUUAAAUAAUAUCAUUGGGUACCAUUCAUAUCUGGGAAUGAUGUUUUGCCUUAUUUAGGCAUAUAUUUAUUUUUAUUAUUGAAAAUAGAUUGAAUUUAUAAUUCUUUUUUUCCUUUUAAUAUUCUAAGAGUUGAAUUUUCCUCGAGUGACCUCUAAUUCUAAAAGGCACUGCAAUUAAGCCGUGUUGUCUGUCCGUCAGUCCUCUUCACUCGCUGCCUGAAAUGUUUUGAAUAACUUACUAGGUAUGUAAUAAAGGUCUAUUUAAUAUGGAAUUUGCUCUGUCAACCAAAGGUUAACCUGGUGCCUUUUGUCUCAAGUCCAUAUGCUUGCCUUUUGACUAAGCAAAGAGUUCAUUAUUUUAAAUGACUAUUAUGAAACUAUAAAAACAAAAUCUUAUGCCUAAACAAUUGUAUCAAAUCUUCCAAGAGACUUUGCCCACCGAAUUUGGAAACUAUCCUGACUGCAUCUAUUUUUGUUUUCUUUAAGACUCUAAUUUACACUUGAUAGCAGUUAAAAUGGUUUCUACGAUGAAGCAAAUUUCAAAAAUAAUAGUAAACAUAAAGCAAUAUGGAAUUGCAUUCUUAUUCUAAUAACUUGUGAAAUGCCUUUGUGAAUCUUUAAAGACUAAAUGAAUAAAUAUUUUUAUAACAAGAAUCGCUAGAGAGCAGACAUUCUUGCAGAUAGUGCUGUUUUUAGCCACUCUAGAAAUCAUUGAUUUAUACUGUAGAGCUGCCCAUUGGCUGAUAAAGAAUGUCAGACCACUUUGGUGCUUAUAGUC